AUGCUCGGACCUGUGGAAUCUUUGAUUCCUCCCCCAAAUGCUUGGAUAAGUGUGACCGCUUUACAACGAUUUGGGAUCGCUAAUUCGUUCCCCUCGACCCGCACAUCUGCCUUCCCCGAAAUCGCCCAAACAUGUUCCAUCCCCAAGUCCAACGCUCGCAGCCUGAUUCGCCACGCAAUGUCCUUCUACAUAUUCUACGAGCCAUCUCCAGGAAUAAUCGCACAUACGGCAUCUUCCAAAGCCCUUGCCGAGGUCCCUCCCGUCUCUGAUUUCAUUGUUUUGUAA